AUGCUUGAAAUCGUUGCUGAGAGAGGCAGCGAGCUCUCGGUGCCGUCGGGUGUUCCCACCUGGCAUGUAAUCAAAGCCUAUUAUGUUUUAGCUAUAGGAACACCAAUUAAUUUAAAAGGGUUACUUAGACCCGGCUCCGUUCGGGAAGGCGGGGUUGGGAAGAGCUCAGGGUGGCAUUACAGCACCCUAGGAAGAAUAAAAGAAAGAAAGAAAGAAAGAAAGAAAGGAAAACAACGAAAAGAGAGUAAAACUCGAGGGGUUUCCACUAGAGGCCGAGGAGGUGGUGCUGGGGAUGAGGUGCCCAGGCUGGGCCGGAGGUUGCUCCGGUCCGAUUCCCGACGCUGGGGCCGUGCUCGGAAUCCCUGCCGGAGUUGGUCGGGGGUCCCCGAUGUGUCACAGAACGGCUCAGAGAAGUGUCAUCCCCCUCUUGCUGGCAUCCUCAAAACAAGAGAAAACAAACCAACCAAACAAACAAACGGAAAAGACAAAAUAAAAAUAACAAAAAUAAAGAAACAACAACAAAAAAAAGAAAAACAGAAAACCAAACGGAAAAGAAAGGAAGAAAGGAAGAAAGGAAGGAAGGAAAGGAAGAAAGGAAAGGAAGAAAGAAAGAAAGGAAGAAAGGAAGGAAGAAAGGAAGGAAGAAAGGAAGGAAGGAAGGAAGAAAGGAAGGAAGAAAGGAAGAAAGGAAGGAAGGAAGGAAGGAAGAGGAAGGAAGAGGAAGGAAGGAAGGAAGGAAGGAAGAGGAAGGAAGGAGAAAAAGAAAAAAGAGAAAGAAAAAGAAAAAGAAAAAAAAAGAGAAAAAACCCUAAAAAACGGGGACUGCCUUGAAGUCCCCAACGCGCCGAUGGAUGUUUGUGCCGGAGCCAGCGGUGCCACCGAGCGCUCCCCCAUCCCCGCGCUGUUCCGGAGGGAAGAGGAAGGGGGGGAGGGGGGCUGAGGGCAGGACCCCCCCCCCGCCCCGGGCUGUGCCUUCCACUCUGUUUGUUUGUUUUCACCAAAAUAAAUAAAUAACAACGCGGAUUUGUUUAUAAAAUUGACUCGUGCCCCUCUGAAACAAAUUGUUAUUAACCUUCCCCUUCUGAGCGUUUCAUAAUCACAGAUGUUAGUUUGGAGAUGAUAUCCCAACAUCCCAGGGGUACUUUUGAUAGC